GGUGUCUAGAAGCAACCGUAGAAAAUGAAUAAGCCGGACUAUUAUCACAAAUCUCAUAGUGAAGGGAAGCGGGAUGUAGGAGAACUUUUCCAAGAGUUUUCAACAAAAUUCCAAUGGCGCACUGUAGGUGGUGAUAUUUUUUGCGAUGUGGGCAUUGGGCCAGGAGAUUUUUUUUAUCAGCCACAUUUACCCUUUGGUCAAGGAAAAAUGUUCCAAAAUCGUGCUUUGUGAUAUAUCAAAAGAAAUGUUGGAAUAUUGUCGAAAACAUUUUCACGUAUCCGACAAGUUGGAUUAUAAAUUAUUUGAUAUUGCCGAAAAAAGUGGACCACCCAAAGAGUUGGAGGGUCAAUUUGAUCAUGUGACCUCAAUGCUUGUAUUACAUUGGGUUUCGGAUUAUCGGCAGAGUCUUAAAAACUUUUAUCAGCUUCUUCGUCCAAAAGGUGGAGAUUGUAUUCUGAGUUUCUUUUUCGACAACCAUGUCUUUCAUACCUGCAAUCAUUUGGGAAGCAGUCCAAAAUGGUUUCAAUACACACAAGGCAAAGGUCAAUUUCAUUUAGAAUUUCUAAAUUCAAAGGAUCCUAUAACAGAUUUUUGCAAUAUGAUGACAGCCGAAGGAUUUCAGAAUGUGGAAGUUAAGAUGAAGCCGGUUGUUUAUAAUUAUGGAAAUAAGGAAAAUUUUAAAGAAAAUAUGAUAUCCGUAUUACAUAUUUUUGAUUUUUUAACGAAAGCCCAACAGGAUGAGUUCUUUGAUGAAUUUGUGGACCACUUAGCCCAACUCGCUGCUAAAAAACUUGGAACAAGUCCUCAGAAUUCAAAAUAUUGCAUAUGCAUCGAUUUAGUUGUAGCAUAUGGACAAAAACCAUGUGUAAUCGAAUAAUGAAGAAAUUCGUAGGAAAUGUUUGAAAUUAAAAAAAAAUUCAAAUAUGUUGA